UGGCGAAAGCGGAUAUGAUCACUUGGCCCGGAAGCAGAGGGAGCACCAGGUUCGGCUGAUUCAUUGGCGAGGCCCCACCGAGCGUGUGUGAAAAAUGGACAGACUUUUACGACUUGGAGGUGGUAUGCCUGGACUUGGACAGGGCCCACCGACUGAUGCCCCAGCUGUUGAUACAGCAGAACAGGUUUAUAUAUCUUCACUUGCUCUACUAAAGAUGUUGAAACAUGGGCGAGCUGGUGUUCCAAUGGAAGUCAUGGGCCUCAUGCUUGGUGAAUUUGUUGAUGACUACACCGUCCGUGUUAUUGAUGUUUUUGCAAUGCCUCAGUCAGGCACGGGUGUUAGUGUUGAAGCAGUUGACCCUGUAUUUCAAGCCAAAAUGUUGGACAUGCUGAAACAGACUGGCAGGCCUGAAAUGGUUGUUGGCUGGUACCAUAGUCACCCUGGCUUUGGAUGCUGGCUUUCAGGAGUUGACAUCAACACUCAGCAGAGCUUUGAAGCCCUGUCGGAACGAGCUGUUGCUGUUGUAGUGGAUCCUAUUCAGAGCGUAAAGGGGAAGGUUGUUAUUGAUGCCUUUAGACUGAUCAAUGCAAAUAUGAUGGUGUUAGGACAUGAGCCGAGGCAGACAACUUCAAAUCUUGGUCAUCUCAACAAACCAUCUAUCCAGGCAUUGAUUCACGGAUUAAACAGACACUACUACUCUAUCACUAUCAAUUAUCGGAAGAAUGAACUUGAACAAAAGAUGUUGUUGAACUUGCAUAAAAAAAGUUGGAUGGAAGGACUGACACUUCAGGACUACAGUGAGCAUUGUAAACUUAAUGAAACUGUUGUGAAAGAAAUGCUAGAAUUGGCAAAGAACUACAAUAAGGCUGUGGAAGAAGAGGAUAAAAUGACUCCUGAACAACUAGCAAUUAAAAAUGUUGGAAAACAAGAUCCAAAACGCCAUUUGGAAGAGCAUGUGGAUGUUGUAAUGACUUCAAAUAUUGUACAGUGCUUAGCAGCAAUGUUGGAUACAGUUGUAUUUAAAUAGUGAACUGUAAUAUAAGAUAUUAAGGCAUUCUGGUUUUUUUAGUGUGCAGUUUCUCUUCAAAUUUCUGUAAUGCUGAGGCUGCUGAAGACUACUUAAAAACAAGAGACUUCCAACAUCAUUACAUCCUGAGCUGAGAGCAACCAUGCAGUACAUGCCUUUGUUGUUUUUGAAUCAUUUGUCCGGACAAAUACAGUUUGUUUUUCUUUUUUUUUAAAGUUUAAACGAGUAGCCAAGUUUGAUUUUGGUAUUUGCACACAUUUUGUAUAUUAUUGUUAGAUCUCAGACUGUCAAUAAAAUAAGUUGGAUCUGUC